AUGCAUAAGCUUUUUAUAUUGAGUGCUCUUUUAGCCGUAGCUGUAGCCACUCCCGUUGGUUAUGGAGCAAGUUUUGCCUACGCCACCGUUCAUUCUGCUCCAAUUGCAGUAGCCCAUGACAUUCAUGUUCCAGCUGCAGUCAGCAGCUCAUUCCGUAAAGACGUUAUCCACAAACCAGUAGUAACAUCCUACACCGUUCCAAAAGUUGUUGGCUCCCGUCCAUUCGUUGAGAAAUUUGUAGGGCACGCUCCAGUCUACGAAAGAACCUUUGUACAACCAGGUCCAAUCGUUGAAAAGACCUUAGUCGAACCAGCUACCUUCACUGCUCCUCUUUUAUCUCAUGCAGCUCCAUUGUAUUAUGCUCAAACCUGGUAA